AUGCUGGUGACCUAUUUGGAAGCCAGCCGGGACCUUUGCGAGACGAACUCGAUUCUCUUUGGCGCCGCAGUGGCAGUUUGCCGUAUUAUUGGCGCCAAAGUUCCCAUGGCUGGACGCGCUACUACACAAAGUAGCGCCAUCCCAGCCUGGAGAAAAAGAAUCGAGGACCGUAUCGCAAAGGCAAGGGCCCUUAUCGGCAGACUGACAAGCUUCAGGUCGGGUAAUAAUAGACCGAGGAUUAUGCGCACCGUUAGGAUGGCGUUUGCUGGGACAAAUAUCAGUUUGUCCCAGCCGGAUAUCACGCAGAAACUAACGGAGCGCAUAGACGACCUGAAGCAAAAGAUCGCUGCUUGGGGGAAGCGGAUUCGACGAUUUUCCGAGAGGUCAAGGCGGUUCAACCAGAAUCGUCUCUUCCAGAGUGAUCACAAGAGGCUCUAUAAAUCAUUGGAGCAACCAAAGGUAUGUGGAGCGGGCCAAGGACCUGACCAGGCUGACAUUAUCGCAUUCUGGCGUGGCCUGUGGUCAGAGCCCGUAAACCACAGCGAGGGCCCUUGGAUGGAAGUUGUGGCGAGCCAGGAUGCGAGUGUUACGCCUAUGGACCCCAUCACUAUAACGCCAGAAGACGUGGCUGAGGCGGUCCGUAGGGCCCCGAACUGA